CACAAACCAAGCAGCAUGGGGUUCGGAGGCAUGCCGCCCAAGAAGGAGAAGAAGCCCAAGAAGGAGAAGAAGCCCAAGGCUGAGGGCGACAAGAAGAAGAAGAAGAAGAGGAGGAGCGAGAGCUACUCCAUCUACAUCUACAAGGUGUUGAAGCAGGUUCACCCUGACACCGGUAUCUCCACCAAGGCCAUGUCGAUCAUGAACUCGUUCAUCUCGGACAUCUUCGACAAGAUCUCGAACGAGGCCGGCAAGCUUGUGAGGUACAACAAGAAGGGAACGUUGUCUGCUCGCGAGAUCCAGACUGCUGUGCGUCUCAUUCUUCCUGGAGAGCUCGCCAAGCACGCUGUGUCCGAGGGAACCAAGGCUGUGACCAAGUACACUUCGUCCUCGUAAGGAGUGAGAGGAGAGGAAGGAUGCGAGGGUCCAACUGGUGUUAUUCGACACCGAACGAGAAGCUGCUGGUGCUGCAAGAGGCAGUUCGAGUCUGCCUGGCUUCUAUCGAUCUUACCGUCUCGUACUGUCUAGUCUAGGAGGCCCUGUGGGGCAGAGGAGCAGAAUGGAGGGUGUACAAUAAUGUGGUAACAGAUAUAAUACAACUGGUUAUGGAUCCCC